GGGCGAUGAGAACCAGGUGGGUGGGUGGACGUCAUUACCAUGACUUUGGAAAUCUUAAAAUUGUCGCGUCGGGUUGGCCUUCAGCAUGCUGCACAUAUUUGCUCCCGCCCUUGAUUGUUCGCUUCUGAGUGAUCACUGACUUUCUUUGAUGUGUCUCUUCAAUCCCGAGUCUGCCCCUCUACAUUCCACAUGUCUUGACUUUCUCUGCAAAGCUCUUCAGGCCUUGCACCGCGGCUCAAUCAUUCGAGGUAUGUGGCGAAUGUGCGUAAUUGGGUCGUGCCUAGAUCAUUUAAUAUGCUGUCAAUGUGUCGUGCGCCCACGCUACACGAGGUGCGACGAAACCCAAAAAAAACCUCGACAAGUGCUGCGUGGAACGAGACAUUUGCAAGCAGACUUGCGGCAUGACGUCCCAGGCGUGCCACGACAUCUUCCAGAAGUGUUCCCAGAAGAUCUGCAAGGAGGACCAGAACUGCAAGCUUCAGGCCAUGAUGGCCGACAUGAUGUCCCCUGCGGAUGACGAGGAGCCGGGAAGCACGACGAAGUACGACCCCAAGGAGCAGGAGUGCAAGAAUUACAACAAGGGUCAGGCGGAGGCGUGCACGUGCGUGCAGGAGGACCAGUUCAGGUCCGCCACAGAGGACAAGCUCAAGAGCUUCUACAAGAAGUACAACCCGGAGAAGUUGGACACGUCCGGGAACAUCAAGGACAGCGAGGAUGUCUGGAAGAAGUGGGAGAAGAAGGAGCCAGACCUCAUCAUGGCUCUGACCAACAAGUACAAGGCGAAGGCCGUAGCCCGUCGGGCGAAGCCCAAGCGGGGGGAGUACAAGCCGCCGCCGCCGCCCAAGCCGCAGGCGGAAGCUGAGGCUGAGCCGCCGCCGCCGCCCACGGCGGUCCUGGACUCCGACGACCAGGCGUUCGAGGCCAAGCUGAAGGGCCUCGAGGCGAAGAAGAAGACCGCCGCUGCGGACGAGGAGUAUGACCUUGCCGACGAGGCGAAGGACCAGAUCGCCGAGCUGAAGAGCCAAGAGGCGAAGAGAUUAAAGGCCCUCAAGGCGAAGGCCAUCGCCGAGGAGGACUACCCCGAGGCCAAGAGGGUGAAGCACAGGCUCGCCAAGCUGGAGGA